AAAACGGUAUCUCGCCAUCUCACCAUGCUUGCGUUCAAAUGCAUAUUCACAUCUUUUCUAAAAUCCUUUUCGACAGGAGCAGAAUGUUUUCGUUUGCUGGAGUAGUUUGUGACGGGAUUUAAUUCGCUUUCGUUUGCAUGCAUGCUCGAGAACUAGGGAAUAUAUAGGCUAGAUAAAUGUGCAUACAACUGCGUGUUUAUACCACUGGGCGAAUUUUUAUGAAUAUCCCCCUACACACCACAGGCAGAGACAAUAAAGAGGACCGAGAGACAUUGAAUUGGAUUUGUUUGGCGUUCUCCCGGUAACGUAUAUGUUUUUCAAUCAAGAGAUCCAGACCCAAAAGCAAGCACACCGAGUCGUCUUGUAUGUGAAGGGCCUUGAUGGACAGAGCGGUGGUUGUGCUGCUGACUGUAUGCUGCCUGCUGCAGUGGCCUCUAGCGACCACAGGGAGGCAGCCCGGCACCAAGCCCCACAUCUUCUAUGCUGUGGAGAUGGACGGAGGCACCAGAGCCGCACAAGCCCUGGCCGAGCAGCACGGGCUACAGUUCAUAUCACGGAUAGGCAACCUGGAGGACCACUUCACCCUGAGAGACAGCAGGGGGCGCACUGACAGAGUUCCCCUGGAGAACACACUGGCAGAGAGAGCAGGGGUGAGGUGGGUCCAGAGUCAACAGACUCACUACAGAGACAAGAGAGCUGUUAUCAGAGGACUGGACCACAACACACACCACAAGUUGCAGGAGCAGCAGAGUGAGUUACCCAGCCGUCGUCAGGACACUUUGAAGACUGAAGACCAACUGGGUCAUUCCCUGACCUUCAACGACCCUCUCUGGCCCAUGCAGUGGGAACUGUUCAACCAAGGCCAAUACAGCUCCAGUCACUUUGACCUGAACGUGAUGCCAGUGUGGAGCAGGAACAUCACAGGGAAUGGAGUGGUGGUCAGCAUUAUCGAUGACGGUGUGGAUCAUACAAACAUGGAUCUGAAGAGAAACUUUGAGGCCUUUGCGAGUUUUGAUCUGCGUGGUUCACACGGCCUGUCCCAUGAUCCCAUGCCACUCAGAGAUGAGGAGAACGGUCAUGGCACCAGGUGUGCAGGGGAAGUGGCCAUGGAGGCCAACAACUCUUACUGUGGCGUGGGCAUCGCCUUCAACGCCAGGAUCGGUGGUAUCCGUCUGCUGGACGGCACGGUGACGGACUCCAUGGAGGCCACAUCUCUGACCUUCAACAACGACUUCAUUGAUGUGUACGUGUGCUGCUGGGGCCCGCAGGACGACGGACAGGAGAUGGCUGGGCCGGGGACACUCACACAGAAAGCACUGAGGCUGGGCACGCAGAAGGGGCGAGGUGGAAAAGGCAGUAUCUUUGUGUGGGCGUCUGGUAAUGGUGGGUUGGUGAACGACCACUGUGGAGCAGACGGCUAUGUCAACAGUGUCUACAGCAUCGCCAUCGGGGCUGUCACUCACACAGGCAAGCCCGCCUUUUUCGGUGAGCCCUGCCCUGCCGUCAUGGCUGUCACUCUAACUGGAGCCAAUUUGGGAAACACACUACCCCUAGUGACAGUGUCCAAUCUAGGGGAUGGUUGUGUCACCCACUUUGCGGGGACAUCCAGUGCUGCACCCAUCGCGGCUGGGAUUCUGGCCCUUGUCCUGGAGGCCAAUCCUGACUUGACGUGGAGGGAUGUGCAGCAUCUGAUCGCCAUGACAGCCAAGGUCCCCGACCCCAAAGAGCCAGGAUGGAGUGUCAACGGAGCAGGGUACCACAUCCAUGACAGGUAUGGGUUUGGGGUUCUGGAUGCAGGGCUGAUGGUGCAGCAGGCCUUACAGUUCCAGGCUGUCGCCCCUCACAGGAAGUGCACAAAGGAAGUCAUUCUUGACCCCAUCAGGAUCCUGCCCUCUGGGGGAGAGGUCAGUGUGAACAUCCAAUCAGCAGGCUGCUUGGGGACGGACACUGAGGUCAACACGCUGGAGCAUGUACAGGUGAAGGUGAGUCUCAGCAGUGUGUGUCGUGGUGACCUCUCCAUAGCCCUAGUGUCCCCAGCGGGCACAGUGUCUCUGCUCCUGGCCACGCGGAGCAACGAUGCCUCGGCCGCCGGCCUGAGGAACUGGACACUGAUGAGCGUCCAGUCCUGGGGGGAACACCCUCACGGCGUCUGGAUACUCAAGGUGACAGACAACAAGGGGUCAGUGGGCCGCUGUGUGAGGGUUAGCUCAGAGGAGGCAGCGGGAGCCCUCCUCAGUGUCACACUGCUCCUCUACGGCACCUACAACCCACAAAGGAGACUGCACGAAGAGCCCCUGCAGAGUUUUUUGUCCAUGGGUGCGUACCACCCUGUCCCUCGGGCAGGGCUGUAUGUUUGGGACAGGUACCCACCUCAGGACCUGAUCCAGUGGGCCUUUGAGCUAGAGAGAGACAGGAAGGUGGGCACUGAUGACAUCCCCGUCCCGCGCCAACGCAAG